GUUUCCAACCCUGAAGCACGGGCAUCCCCUGGAUCUUGAUGAGUACAAGGGCAAGAAGGAGCUCAGGGAUCUGGAGCGGUUCCUGCAAGAGCUACAGCCAGUCUGUACCGUAGAGGAGCAGUCCUUCUGUUCAGCGGCUGAGAAGAAGCUGAUCAAGAAGUUCCAGAAGACUAGCGUCCCUGCACUGGAGGAGGUGAUCGAAGAGCUAGCGGCUGAAAAGCGCAAGGUGGAGGCUGAGUACAGUCUUUUCAAGGACAACUUGCUUGGCACGCUGACCAAGGCUGGUCAGCAGAAGGACAAGGAUGUCAGCGCUGCACCCGGCCAAGAGAAGGCGAAGAUCGAAGAAGACUUUCGCAAGUUUGUGGACGGACUCACCGCGCAGCACGACGCCAAAGAAGCGGAGACGAAGGCUGCAUUGACAAAGCUCAAGCGGAGAGGCCUUGCUUUGGCCCGGAGCGUGCAGGCGAACAGGAAGCCGCGCAGCGACUUGUGACCAGUCAA